AUGCACGGCGCAGCGUUCGGGUGUCUGGUGUUGUUGAGCGUCUGGUGCUAUCAUGCACGGGGGCACGCCACUGCCGCGGCCGUCGACGAUCCGGGGGGACUCGGGGCGCAUCGUCCGUCGUCCGGCGCGGUGAUGGUGGCGCCGACCGCGCCGCUGCUGCCGCUGCUCAAGUCGGAAGUGGUGUCGACGGCCACCACCGUCGGCCCGGACGCCAUGGUGGUCGCGGCGUCGUCGCUGUCGUCGGCGGCGUCGGCCGGUGCCGCGGACCUGGACACGGCCGCGUCCAAGAAGAAGAAGAAGAAGAAAAAGUCGAAAAAGUUCAAAAAGGGCGGCGGCUCCAGCCACAAGGAAGACCAUUUCAACAAGAAGGGCAAAAAGGCGGACAAGGGGUACAAGUCGAAACACUCGAACCACCACGGCAAGAAGGGCCACCACAAGAAGGAGGACAAGAAGAAACACUUUGCGGAGCACGGCGGCCACAAGAAGAAGCACCACGACGAAGGCGGCUAUUACAAGGACCACCACAAGGGCGAGAAGGGCGAGAAGGGCCACAAGUUCGAGGACAAGGGCGCGUACAAGAAGGGGCACAGCACCAAGGGCAAACACGAGGUCCACAAAUUAGACGAGUUCAAGAAGAAUAAGAAAUUCUACGACGAGCACCACGACUCGGGACACCACAAGAAGCACGGUGGCUACGAACACAAGCACGGGCACAAGGAGGGCAAGAAAUACAAGAAGGGUCACAAGCACGCCGGACACCAUCACGACCACAAGGGCAAGAAGGGCAAACACCAUCACGGCAAGCACCACAAAGAGCACAAGGGUCACAAGAAGGCGGCGGGACACGACGAGAAGUACGGACACAAGAAGGACUAUGCGAAAAAGGGAGCGCACAACGAGCACAAGAAAUGGAAAUUUAGCAAAAAACAAUGAACUUGAGCUAAUUCGAGUGAUGGACGUCGUCGCAGUCGCUGUCGCCCUGCGAUCCGACUUAUAAUAAUAUUACUACUGCAAUAGGUAUAUCAUAAAUGACAAUAUGUUAAUGUGUAGUAGUACUUAUAUUUUAUAAUGUGACGUUAUCCGCGACUGAAUCGAUUCGUGUUAUACUUAAUCUUUUUCUAUACGUAU